AUGUUUAAACUCGGGUCAAGGCGUCAAAGCUCAGGUUCUGGGGACAGCAGUUACUCAGAUGACUCCCAGCUCCAACGUGGCCUUCUCACCGACAGUGCCUCCUCUUCGACUUCAAAGCCUGGCCUUGGAGACUACGAGCCACGAGCAUCCGGAGCCCUACGGCCAGCGUCGCCUAUAUUUCCGCACAGGUUCACACACCCCAAGCCCAGGUCAAACGUCUACGAUGCCGACGUGCCUCCACACCAGCUCCUGAAAAGCGAACAUGCAAAACGCCGUCGAGCAGUGGCCUACCGGUCGUCGGGCCAGUCGGUGCUACGGCAAAGAACCCGACUCGCAUCAAUCGACGAGGAUGGCGAUGGCGAUGGCGAGGGCGUGAGCUGUGCCGUGAGCAGUGCCGUGAGCGACGAAAUGUUUCCUCACGGCUACAAAAUGUUCUCUCGGGACAAAAUUCAGACAUCUGCCCACGGGGGUCGGCCGCGACUAGUCUGCAAGCUUUGUGGCGAUGCAUCAUUCAGCCGUCCGGUCGAUCUUGAUUGCCACAUGGAAAUGAGCCACCCUAAACACGUUGCCGUGAGGGUGCUGCCCGAGAGCUUUGAUAAAAUGGACCAGGAGUUUUGUCGGCUCGGCGUCUCCGCCAAGGAGGUGCUGGAUAGUCUUACCCCAACCGAAUCAGUCACGAGUGAUUGGAGAAGCUAG